CAGCGCAUUACUACAUUUCCUUCCUUCUUUCAUUUCCUCUUGCUCUAAAAUAAACAGAACAAAACAGAAUGCAUAUUAUCUCCGUUUUAAUUUUAAUGUUGAGAAGUGGUUUUUUUUGCAAAUCUCAAGAAGUUCUGCGUGGCGUUGAUGUGUCUUUGCGAUGCGAGGUCUCUUUCCUGUCUGAAUCCUCAACAUUGCAGUGGGAGAGAGAUGGAGAACAAACAUCAAACACCACUCUACUGUACAACAACUCUGCCUACAUCAUCUUACACACCGUUGAUGAACACAAUCAGGGCAAAUAUUACUGUAGAUUGAUGGAAGAUGGAAGAGUAGCAACGGUUAGGAUUCACACGCUUAAUCUCCGUUCAAAUUCAUAUAAUGGAUAUAAUAAAAUUAAUACCAUUUACAGACAAAGCUCUAAUAAUAGUGACGUAUCACUGAUCUGCAAGUCUAAAAAGGAAUACCAUAGAUGGAAGUGGACCUGGGAGCCGAGGCCUAAUUCACAGACUGAUCUGAUAGCAGUUGAAAAAGGAAGAGAAGUUAAAGUUAAAGGACCAAUUAAACCAGGAAGACUUUCUUCAACCACAUACAAUAGUCAAGUUUUUAUCUUUCACAUCUCACCUGUGAACUUCAAUUAUAGUGGGACAUACAGGUGUAUUACAGAUGAACAAAAAACUACAUAUACAACCACAAUGCUUCACACCAUCAGAGUCUCAGUAGAGCCCUCUGAUGGUGUGUUGGGGAAAAGGUCAGUGAUUCUCACCUGUGAAGUUUCUGAAGUGACUGAUUCAGUGAUGCUGGUCUGGCUCAGGAUGGAGGGGAAUAGAGGAGUGCUGGGAAAACAGCAAAUUAUGACUGAGAAAAACAACAAGUUACAACUCACAGUGAAUCUGUCCAGCAAUGAAACAGACCCGCUGCACUGGCAGUGUGCAGUUUUUACUGAGGAUACACUCAGAGCUCUGGCUCCUAUAACAAUCAGUCUUUCCUCAUCAUCAGGAACUCCAACUGUAACAAACCAAAGUAAUAUCUUUUUACCAUAACUUUACAGUAUUUUU